AUGCCGGUGAACUAUCAUGAGUUACAGGAUGAAAAGGUCGUUGAAUUACCCACAUCAUACGCGACAUGUAGCAUUGGAUAUAAGCCAGAGUCACAUACUCUGCCACUCAAAUUCAAGGCCAUUGCAGAUGCCGGGUUCGAGGCAAUCGAGCUGUCAAUGCCCGAUAUUCUGACCUAUGGAAAACAUCUCAACGGACAUGAACCCCACGAAAAGGAUUAUGACUCACUGGUAGAAAUUGGCAAGGAGAUCAAAACCCAGGCAGAGGAGCAUCAUCUCAAGAUCCUGAUGCUACAGCCAUUUGCCAACUUUGAGGGAUGGCCUAGGGAGAGCAAGGAGAGGCAGGACGCCUUUGAUCGUGCCAGGGGAUGGAUGAGAAUUAUGGAGGCUGUUGGGACUGAUAUGCUGCAGAUCGGUUCUACGGAUGCUCCGUCAAAAAUCUCGUCAGACUUUGAUGAGCUUGCUGCAGAUCUUGCAGAACUGGCAGAUAUAUUCGCCGAAAAAGGAUUCCGGAUUGCCUAUGAGAAUUGGUGCUGGGCUACGCAUGCUCCAGGUUGGAAAGAUGUUUGGAAUAUUGUCCAAAAGGCUGACCGACCAAAUAUCGGCUUAUGCCUCGACACUUUUCAGAGCGCUGGCGGCGAAUGGGGAGAUCCAACAACCAAGUCGGGAAAGGUUGAGGAUUUGUCUGCAUCUGCUCUGGAAGAGAGAUGGAAAGAGAGUCUGAAUAUGCUAUCCUUGCAUGUUCUUCCGGAAAAGAUCUAUCUCCUCCAAAUCUCGGAUGCGUACAAGGUCGAACCUCCGCUCGAGGCCAAGACGAAUGCUGAUGGUCUGCGCCCUCGUGGCCAGUGGAGUCACGAUUAUCGACCGCUUCCUUACGACGGUGGUUAUCUACCCAUUAACGAUUUUCUCCACGCCGUGCUUCGCACAGGCUUCCGAGGAUAUCUGUCCAUGGAAGUGUUCGACGAAGAGGGCCAGCAAAGGUGUGCGGAUAUGGGAGCCUAUGCGAAGAAGGCCAUGGACUCUCUGCAGAAAAUGGUAUCACAAUAA